AUGCAUGUUAUUUCACCAAUGUCUCGGAAUCUUUUCAGGAAUGCUAUUAUAAUGAGUGGGACAUUGAACACUGACUUGGCAAUUAAGUCAAAAAUGGAAAAUAUUGAUAGAGCGAAAGAAAUGGCUGCUUUCUUGAGAUGUCCAACUGAGAACGAUGAGCAGAUGUUAAAUUGCUUUCUAAAUGCCGAUGCUAAAAAUUUGACAAAAGGACAAAUUCAUAAUUCAAAGAAAUUCAUUGAAAUUAAUUUUGCUCCUAUUGUUGAUAACUAUUUCUUACAGAAGCCUAACGAAAUUCUACGAAAAGAAACAAUAAAAAAAGAUGUGCUAAUAGGUUUUGUUAAAAACGAAGGCAGUCUUUUUCUUCUUGAUUUCCCUAAAUAUUUCACCUUUAACGGAAGCGUUCCAAUAAACUAUUCUAUUGCACAUAAAUUGAUGAAAAAAAUUAUUGAGCCAGUACAAGUAAAUCCUGCGCAGCUUGAUUCCAUCUUUUAUGUUUAUGGCUCUCAUGCCCACUUCUCUUCUGAAGCUGAAAAAUACAGAUACGUACUUGACCAAGUAGCUGGUGAUACCAUAAUUAAAUGUCCUGCUAUUAAUUUCUCCCGGGAAUGGAGUACCCAUUCCAAUGUUUACAUGUAUUCUUUUGAGUAUCGAUCAAAUUUUACACCCUGGCCGGAAUGGAUGGGUGUAUUACACGCCAGUGAUAUAUUCUAUGUGUUUUCGUACGCGUUAUCUGGAAAAAACUUUUCAUUAGACGAUAAUGAAGUGUCAGAAAUGAUGUCAAGUUACUUUGCAAACUUUUCCAAAUCAGGGUAAGAUUGAUUUUUAUCCAACAUUUUGUUUUCUUU